AUGGCUCAGACCAACCAAGCGGCCUGGCUUAACGAAGUCAAGCAGAACUUCGUGAUUGGGUCCGCUGAGGUUGGCAAGCCAGCCAAAGGCGAAGUCCUAGUCAGGAAUCACGCCAUUGCGAUAAACCCCGUCGACCACGCUCAGCAGUCGGGCAGCUACCCGCCAGGCCGCCUCCCGCGAAUCCUGGGCAACGAUGUCGCGGGCGAGAUCAUCGAUGUCGGCGAAGGCGUCAGUCAAUUCCGCAAGGGCGACCGCGUCCUCGGGCACUGCACGGCUCUAAAUACCGACGAGGCCAAACACGGUGGUUUCCAGGAAUACACCGUCGUGCCGACGGUCGGGUGCGCCGCGAUCCCCAAGGACAUGAAAUACGAGGACGCCUGCGUAUUGCCGCUCGCUAUCUCCACUGCUGCGUUGGGGUUGUUCCACAAGGAGCACCUGGGGCUGCGCCUCCCACGGGCAGAGCAGAGAGAAGCACUCAAAGGAGAUGCCGAAGCCGUAUUAAUCUGGGGAGGUAGUUCGAGCGUCGGCAGUGCGGCGAUCCAGUUGGCCGUGGCGGCCGGGUAUACAGUCAUCACGACAAGUUCGCCGCGAAAUUACCUGCUUUGUAAGAGUCUGGGCGCCAGUGAGGUUUUUGACCGCGCGAGCCUGAGUAUCGUCGGGGAUUUGACGAGUGCGAUGCAGCAAUACAAGUGUGCAGGGGCCUUUGACGGUGAGUGCGAGCACAUGGAGAAGGCAAGGAAGUGCAACGAGACGGACUGA